ACAAACACAAGAAGAGAAACAGAGCAACUAGAGGUCAACCUGCAUCUAAAAGAGAAGAGACACUCUAUUGAAGGCAAAUAAUGACCAUAUUUUGCACAUAAAGUACAUUUAUAAAAACUAAAGGACAUCUAUCUCCAGCUAAAAUAACCGUCUGUACCUCUCAUCCACAUUCUACAUUCAGACACUUUUUUUCUAUUAGGAGAGCACAAACACACAGAAGACAACAUGAGGACGAUAAUUAUUAUGACAAUCUUUCUCUUCAUAAUGACGUGUGUAGUUGUGGGUUCAACCCACAGAAAAAUCAGGAAGAAGAGAGCAUGGGUCGUUGACCCGUUCACUAUAGAGGAAGAAAGUCCCGGGCCUUUCCCAUAUGUACUUGGCACAGUAAACCUGGAGCAAAGUCAAGCGUUAAUGUUCUAUCUCACAGGCAGAGGUGUUACUGAGGAGCCUGAAGACGUGCUGAGUAUCAACAAUACCACUGGUGAAAUUUUCGUGCAUAAGAAGGUCGACUAUGAGACCCAUCAAUCUCUCUCGCUCAAGAUUGAAGCAUGGGAUAUAAAUCACAACCUGUAUGACCUCCGUGUUGAGGUCAGGAUCUUGGACAUUAAUGAUCACGCUCCUGCUUUUAGAAAUAAAUACUAUGAAACAACGCUCAGUGAGUCUGUACUUCAAGGUGAACUGGUUACGACAGUCUCUGCUUCGGAUAGUGACGACUCAGAUACACCCAAUGGGAUCUUCACAUUCACACUCGAAUCUGUCACCCCAAAAACAGAUAAUGUGGAAUUUUACAUCAAACAGAACAAGGACACAGGAAGUAUUUACUUUAAAGGCUGCUUGGACUAUGAGGAAGCACAGAACUAUACUCUCCUGAUCAAAGCCACAGAUAAUGGAGACAAAGUGCAGCUGUCCAGCACAAGCACAGUGGUCCUGAACAUCAUCGACAAAAACAAUAACCUCCCUGAAAUCACUAAUCACACUGGUCCAGGAAAGAUAAAAGAACAAGAGUUUGGAGUGGAAGUUCUGCGCUUGAAGGUUAGCGACAACGACAGUCCAGGUUCACCAGCCUGGAAAGCUAAAUUUACUCUUCAUGGUGAUCCGGAAAACUAUUUUAAAAUCCACACCGACCCCAACACUAAUGACGGAAUCCUGACUGUUAUAAAGGCAAUGGAUUAUGAGCAGCAAACUUCAAGAAAUGUGUCAGUCAGUGUGGAAAAUGAGGAGCUCUACUUCUUCUGUAAGAUGGAAACUCCUACUCCACCGGGCGUAUGGGAUGGCAUAGGUGCACCUAAACUUUAUACAGUCACCAUCACUGUCGAGGACGUCAAUGAGCCUCCAGAAUUUGUACCACCUGUUAGAAGUAUAAUGUCCCUGGAGAACACAGACAUAGGAACCCACUUGGUCACCCUUACAGCCAUAGACCCGGAUAAGACAUAUGGCAACUCAUUUCACUUUGUUAAAGGAGAAGAUAAAGAUAACUGGGUGAACGUAGAUCCAAAAACUGGCCAGGUCUCCGUGGCCAAGAAAAUGGACAGAGAAUCACCAUUUGUGGAAAAAAAUGCCUACAGUGUCAUCGUGUAUGCUGUAAAUAAUGAUCAGCCUCCACAGACCGGUACAGGGACGCUGAUCAUCCAUCUAGUAGAUCAGAAUGAUAAUGUACCAUUUUUGAAGGUGAAUACAGUGAGUAUGUGUUUAUCGGACAAGGAAACCAUGACUAAAAUCACUGCCGUAGACCAGGACCUUCCACCAUACGGCGCACCAUUUCACUACGAGCUCCUGGGCAAUGUUAAGGGAAAAUGGAGAAUUGAACCACAAGAUGGGACGACUGUGAACCUAGUCCGAGAAAACACAGUCUAUUCAGGCCAUUACCAGAUUCCGAUCAAAAUAUUGGACAACCAGGGCUAUGGUUUGGUCCAAAACCUGUCCAUCACCGUGUGUAACUGCACCAUCACACCCAACUGCCAUGUUAGCAGGUCUUUCACAACCCGACCAAGCCUUAGCACCAUUGGGAUAAUUAUCUUUGCUUUCCUGGUUCUGCUAGGAACCCUCCUAAUGGCACUUCAGCUCUGCAAAACAAAGAAAAUUAUGAUCAUGGAGGAUGAUUUACAAAAUGGGGCUCUCAUUGUAUCCAACAUCGAGAUGCCCGGCACAGACUGUCAGUGCCUCUACAAGCUCCAGACUCCACAAAUAGCUCAGCAAUUAUGAGCCGCACUUCUAUGCAUAUGAAGGAGAACUGAUCUUGACAAAACCCUUGACACCUGGCAGACAUCCUCACAAAUCUAGAUUUAUAUUUUACCAAUCUGGCAGCUGUGUGCAGCCCUGAUUUAAUGUCAUCUCCCCCCAAAAAAUUAGGAUAAUGUGUGUCUGUGUGUGGAUUGUCUUCAUUUGUAAUCAGUGGAGCAAUUCAAACUUAGGCAAGGACUUUCUAACCAAUUAAUGGAAUAAACUCAGGACAAAUCUUACUUUAAAGGCCUCAAAGUGCAGUCAGACCAAACACAAAUGAUAUCUGCUUGGCAAAAAAAUAACUCACUUCAGAAAAAAAGAUAGCAGAAACACAAACAAGGAGCUUCACAUUAACCCAACCAAGUUCAUCUUGGUCAGCCAUGAAACUGUGAACUGCAAAAACAGGAGCCAAAAAAAAAUGAGAGACUGUGGUGUCUACUUUCUACAAAAUAACCUGAGAACCUAGUAUUUAGUAGCAGUCAAACAGGACUUUUACCAACUUGCAUUUUUUUUAUGCAGCUUACCACUCCCUCAAAAUAAAGACAUGAUGUGACUUCUGCUUUUUUCAAAGAAGACAUCCACUGAAAGCUCUAUUUUUGCUCAAAUAUAAUUUAUUGUUGAACGCUGAUGUGUUGCUAUGUCGGUUGGCCAUAAGCCAAUUUUAUCCAUUGUACAUUGUUUCUACUUUUCCCUUUUGUUGAUAUUUUUGUAGUCAGUAAUAAUUGCACCUGUACUGAUGUUCAAAAUAUGCCAUCACAGUGGUGAUAAUGCUUGCCAAGUCUGCCUCUCAUGAUAUUUUCCUUACUUUAAGCAUAGUCUUAAAAGUCCAGUGCCAUUUAAGUGUUGUGUAAACUCCAGUGAAAUCCACCCAAAUCCAUUUAAAAUAAUACUAACCUAUUUAAAAAAAUCCAUUUAUUGUUUUCACUUUUCACUUUCUUUCUCAGUUGAUCUUCCUUUGAUGCUCCUUAAAUUUACAUAGUUUGCAUGGUCAUAUUUAUUACUGUUAUAUUUCAUUUACUACACGUUAAAUUAAACGGCAGUUAAACCAAUAAAUAGCAGUUGCUUUUAGACAGCAUUAGUGUCUGUCAGUGGAGUCAGAAAUGAAUCUUUAAAUGCAAUUUUCUCCAUUUUUUUCCAGAUUAACCCGAUUUUAAACUUUAAUUGUGGUUGCAA